AUGAUUAAUAAAUUGUUCAGCAUCUUAUUCGUCAUCUCUACAACUUUAAAUCUUAUUGAAGCAUUUAAAAAAUGUAUCAUUAGCGAUGAAGAUCCAUCACUUUGUACAAUAAUUGGAGUCAGAGAUCCCAAUGAGAUGUAUGGAUUAAAUUUAAUAUCAAGUAAAGUACAGAACAGCAAAAUCACUAAAAUCAAAUUUAAUGAUUCACGGAUUUAUCAUCUUCCGAAAGAACUGUCUCUGAUGUUCGAAAAUCUUGAGGAUCUUGAUGCAUCAAAUGUUUAUUUGUCUAGAUUUACUUCUAUGGAUUUUCCAUAUAGAAACAAACUUAGAAAAUUAAAUGUUUCUAAUAAUGCAAUUCACAUAUUGCCGAAGAGAUUAACUGUAAAAUUUGAUUAUUUGGAAGUUUUGGAUAUUUCAUAUAAUCUCAUCGAUACUAUUGAGAAUGAAUCAUUCACCAACAAAGAACGUUUGAAAUAUUUAAAUUUAUCACAUAACCAAAUUAAAGUUCUUAACGUGGACUUUUUGAGUGCUGUAAGAAAUGUAAGAUCUUUAAAUUUAGGCUGCAAUGAAAUUUCUGAAAUCAAUUUAGACUGUCAAGACAUCGAUUUUAAAGUUAAAGAGCUUUAUUUGAACGACAACAAGCUCAUGUCAAUUCAAACUUGUUUGAUAAAAAAUGUUGCUUAUUUUGAUAUUGGAAAUAAUAAGUUGAUUGGAGAACUGGGUUUUUUAGACUCAAAGAUUGAAAACCUCAAUAUUCAAGGAAAUUCAAUUGAGUCUUUGAAUAUAAGCAGAAAAGUUAAAGUUCUGGAUUUCUCUAACAACAUUGGGAAAUCACUUAAAAUCAAUUUUGAAGAAUUUUCAUCACUAAAGACUCUAAAGGUGUCAAAUUUGGACGUUACUGACUACAAAGAUCUUUAUCCACAGCUUAAAAUGCUUAACAAUCUUAUAAUCCUCGACAUCUCGCACAAUAAUCUAAAAACUUUUAAUUUUAUGGACAUUCCUGAGUCAAUUGAAUGCUUGAAUUUAGAAAAAUCAAAUUUAAAGUUUUUAGAAAAUUUCGAUCUUUUGGAUAUUGUUGUCCCAAAUCUCAACCAGAUUAACAUUAAUCAAAAUUUAUUUAAUUGCAAAGAACUUACCAAACUUGUUGAGAAUUUCGAGAAAUUCAACAUAAAUGUGACUGGAUUCACAAAUGAAAAUAAGGACAAAUUUAUUCGAGAAAAUUGUGGAAACGACGAAAACUAUGACAAAAAGAGGACAUGCAAUGAUGGGCUCUUAAGAGAAACUCUUAAGAGAUAUCAAACAUAG